GACGCACAUCGAUGGACCCAUGGCAGAAAAGCAGAACUGCUUGGUUCCUCCUCUCCUGGGUUCCUCUUCGGAGCUGUGAUAAUAGCAGCAGGGUUCCUCUGAGGCCGGGGCUGGGCCUCCGCCGUGGCCUCUCUCUUUGUGUGUCUGAUGUUUCUGGGGCGGAUGGUAUCUCGGUCUUUGUGUUGUCAGCUGACGCCCAUCUCCGAUCACAGCUACCUGGCCCUCUAUAAAGCUGAAGUGGUUCGCUACCUCCCGCAGCGCAGCCUGAACUCCGGACAUUACCCAAGACCUCGCACACAGAGACAUGCGUGAGUGCAUUUCCAUCCAUGUCGGCCAGGCCGGAACCCAAAUGGGCAAUGCAUGCUGGGAGUUGUAUUGCCUGGAGCAUGGGAUCCAGCCGGACGGCCAGAUGCCGAGUGACAAGACCCCGGGUGGAGGAGACGACUCCUUCAACACCUUCUUCAGUGAGACAGCAGCAGGGAAACACGUCCCCAGAGCCAUCUUUGUCGACCUGGAGCCCACUGUCAUCGAUGAGGUUCGUUCAGGAACUUACCGCCAGCUGUUCCACCCUGAGCAGCUGAUCACAGGCAAGGAGGACGCUGCCAACAACUACGCCCGUGGACACUACACCAUCGGCAAGGAGAUCAUCGACCUGGUGCUGGACAGGACUCGCAAACUGGCAGAUCAAUGCACCGGUCUCCAGGGCUUCCUGGUGUUCCACAGUUUCGGAGGAGGAACCGGAUCUGGUUUCACCUCCCUGCUCAUGGAACGCCUCUCUGUCGACUACGGCAAGAAGUCCAAGCUGGAGUUUGCCAUCUACCCGGCUCCCCAGGUGUCCACAGCUGUGGUGGAGCCCUACAACUCCAUCCUAACCACCCACACCACCUUGGAGCACUCUGACUGUGCCUUCAUGGUAGAUAACGAGGCCAUCUAUGACAUCUGUCGCAGGAACCUUGAUAUCGAACGUCCCUCCUACACCAAUCUCAACAGGCUCAUUGGUCAAAUCGUCUCCUCCAUCACUGCCUCUCUGCGCUUCGACGGAGCUCUGAAUGUGGACCUGACAGAGUUCCAGACCAACUUGGUGCCCUACCCCCGCAUCCACUUCCCUCUGGCCACCUAUGCCCCGGUCAUCUCUGCUGAGAAAGCCUAUCACGAGCAAAUGUCUGUGUCUGACAUCACCAACAACUGUUUUGAGCCUGCCAAUCAGAUGGUGAAGUGCGACCCUCGUCAUGGUAAAUACAUGGCCUGCUGUCUGCUGUACCGUGGUGACGUGGUGCCCAAAGACGUCAACUCUGCCAUCGCUGCCAUCAAGACCAAACGCACCAUCCAGUUUGUGGACUGGUGUCCCACCGGCUUCAAGGUGGGCAUCAACUACCAGCCCCCCACCGUGGUUCCUGGAGGAGACCUGGCCAAGGUGCAGAGGGCCGUGUGCAUGCUGAGCAACACCACCGCCAUCGCUGAGGCCUGGGCCAGGCUGGACCACAAGUUUGACUUGAUGUACGCCAAGCGGGCCUUCGUGCACUGGUACGUGGGAGAGGGCAUGGAGGAGGGGGAGUUCUCCGAGGCCAGAGAAGACAUGGCCGCCCUGGAGAAGGAUUACGAAGAGGUGGGGUCCGACACCGUGGGUGACGAGGAUGAGGACGAGUACUGAAGCACCAAAAGACUCAUAUCUCUUUUACAAAGUUUAAUCCUGAUAUAUGUUUUACUUGGUGAACAUUAAAUCAGUAAUAUCUGUAAAGAGGGCCUUUAUUUUCCUUAUCCCCUUAGGGAAAAGAGUGAUACUUAAAAACUAAGAAUGAUACAUUGGUUGUCCUUAAGGGUGAAACAUCGGAAAAAUCCUUUCAGAACAUUUCUUCUCUCAGGUAAACAAAGGAUAGAGCCAGGAAGGAACCAAACAGGGUGAUGGUCCAGGAUAUAUUUUCCAAAGACAACAAAAGAUUACAUUUGAAAGCCUUUCUAGAGUAGAAUAUCUCUUUAAGACAACCUUUUUUUCAACCUCAAAUUGUCGGGUUUCGCUUGAAAAUGAAA